AUGGCCUCAUCCAUCGCCAACACUGUUCGAGAUAUUGGAAAUUCUGCCGCCGAGUCCGUCCAAACCAUGGCUGAGAACAAGAAGAUCGCCGACCUUGAAAAGAACAAGAAGAAUCAACAGGACACCAAGCAGAAUACCACCACUGACUGGGGUGCCAAAGUCUCAGAUGUUGACCACUGGCUGAAGAUCGCCGAUGACAAGAGCGGCAGAAUUGGACCUUCAUUCCUUGAAGACCAAGUGGCCCGCGAGCGUAUCCACCGCUUCGACCAUGAGCGCAUCCCCGAGCGAGUCGUCCAUGCGCGAGGCGCUGCUGCUCACGGUCACUUCAAACUUUUCGAGAGCGCCGAAGACGUCACCACCGCUGGCGUCCUAACAGACACCUCACGCACCACCCCAAUCUUCGUCCGAUUCUCUACAGUGCAAGGCAGCAGAGGCAGUGCCGACACUGUACGUGAUGUCAGAGGCUUUGCGGUGAAGUUCUACACUGAAGAGGGCAACUGGGAUAUUGUGGCCAACGACAUUCCCGUAUUUUUUAUCCAGGAUGCCAUCAAGUUCCCGGAUCUCAUUCACGCCGUCAAACCGGAGCCGGACAAUGAAGUCCCACAAGGGCAAACCGCUCACAACAAUUUCUGGGAUUUCGUGUUUCUGCACAAGGAAGCAACCCACAUGUUCUGUUGGGCCAUGUCCGACAGAGGCAUUCCUCGUUCCUACCGCAUGAUCCAGGGUUUCGGCGUCAACACCUUUGCGCUCAUCAAUGCAAAGGGGGAGAGAACUUAUUGCAAGUUCAUCUGGACACCGGAACUUGGCGUGCAUUCAUUGGUUUGGGACGAGGCCCUGAAAUUGGCGGGUCAAGACCCAGACUUCCAUCGCAAGGAUCUGUGGGAGGCCAUCGAGAACGGGGCGUACCCGAAAUGGAAGUUCGGAAUACAAUGCAUCAAGGACGGUGAGCAAGAUAAAUUCGACUUUGACAUCCUCGAUGCCACCAAGGUCUGGCCCGAGGAGCAAGUGCCUAUUCGCUACAUUGGUGAAUUGGAGCUCAACCGCAACGUUGACGAGUACUUUGCCGAGACCGAGCAGGUGGCUUUUUGCACCAGCCACAUCGUCCCUGGCAUCGACUUUAGCGAAGAUCCCCUGCUGCAGGGUCGAAACUUCUCCUACCAAGACACUCAAAUUACCCGGUUGGGUGUGAACUGGGAAGAGCUGCCCAUCAACCGUCCAGUCUGCCCAGUUCUAAACUUUAACCGAGAUGGCCAGCUCCGUCACACAAUCACCAAAGGGAAGGCCAACUACUGGCCCAAUAGAUGGGAAGCCAACCCACCAACUAGCCACAGCGGCACAGGCGGAUUCGAGUCAUAUCCAGCACAGUACCCUGGUGUCAAGGCCCGAAAACUCACCGAGAAAUGGAAGGACUAUCUGUCGCAAGCGCAACUAUUCUUCAACUCUAUGUCCGACAUCGAGAAGAAGCACAUGAUUGAGGCCUUUUCCUUUGAGUUGGACCACUGCGAUGACGACGUCGUCUACGAACGCCUAGUCACCCGCUUGGCGGAGAUCGACCUGUCGCUCGCCCAGGCCGUGGCCAAGAACUGCGGUGCGAAGACGCCUGAAAAACAGGCCGUCCCGAACCAUGGCAAGAAGGCCAAGGGUCUCAGCCAAUUUGACUACAUGCCGCAGGAGCCGACCAUCAAAGGCCGCCGUGUUGCCAUUUUGAUUGCCGACGGGUUCGAUAUCAAGGCCUACGAGUCCAUGAAGGCAGCAGUCCUGGCACAGAGCGCUGUUCCGUGGACAAUCGGGACGAGACGCCAGCCUAUCGUGGCCUCCGAUGGUUCGUCGCAGGUGAAGCCCGACCACUUCCUGAACGGCCAGCGAUCCACGAUGUUCGACGCCUUGUUCAUCCCCGGCGGCGCCGAAUCCGCUAACACGCUGAAAGAGAUUGCCUUGGCACGAUUCUGGGUCAAAGAAGCUUUCGGUCACCUGAAGGCUAUUGGGGCCGUUGGCGAGGGCGUAAAAUUUGUGCACGCCGCUCUGACCGAGGUCCAGAAUGUAACUCUAGCGUCUGAAGGAAGCGAUGACAUUGUGGACUGGUACGGUGUCGUCACGGCCCAGAAGCCUGACACGGGCAGCAGUGUGAAGGAUAACGUCAAGAUGGUGAAGGAAGCAAAGGACUUCACGAGCAAGUUCUUCUGGAACAUCUCCCAGCAUCGGAAUUUCCCCAGAGAACUGGAUGGUUACGCGGAGCAGGUGUCCAUCUAA